AUGAUGUGGGUGUCGACUUUCUCGCGUCCAGACGUCUCGUUCGCCGUGCGUGCGGUAGCGCGCCACGCCCACGCCCCGGCGAAGCGGCACUGGGAUGCCAUACAGAAGAUCCUCGGCUACCUGAAAGGGACGAGGGACCUCGGCAUCACCUACCAACGGGGAUCGGGGUUAGGGCUGGCCGUGUACGUAGACGCUAGCUACGCCGACACGGAGGAUAGGCGUUCGGUGUCAGGGUUGGCGACGACGGUUGGAGGUACCGUAGUCAGCCAUGGUAGCAAGACACAGAGCAUCGUGUCUUUGUCUUCGACGGAAGCCGAGUACAUUGCUGCCGGGGAGGGCGUCAAGGAGGCGUUUUUGGUGCGUGCUGUGCUUUCGUUUGUUGCCCCAGAGACCAGAGGUAGCAGCAUCUAG